AUGGAUUACUACAAAGUUUUAGAAUUACCUAGAAGUGCAACAGAAGCAGAUAUCAAGAAAGCAUAUAGAAAAUUAGCAUUGAAAUGGCAUCCAGUAUUUGUUUAUUGAAUUAUAAUAGGAUAAAAAUCCAGAUAAUAAAGAAACAGCUACAAAAAAGUUUAAGGAGAUAGCAGAAGCUUAUGAAGUUCUUUCAAAACCUGAGAAGAAAUCUCAUUAUGAUAAAUAUGGUCAUCAAUAACCACCUCCAACUCCUAAUUAUUAGCAAUCUAACAAUUUUGGAAAUCAAUAUUAACAAGACUAUAAUGAAUUUUAAGAAUUCCCUUCUGGAUUCCAAAACAAUUUCAAUAAUUUCAAUACAUUUAAUAAUAGGCCUCAAUUUAAUAAGUUUUCUGAAUAAUCUUUUGGGUUUCCAUAAUUUAAUAGAAUGCCUGAUUUAAAUAGAUUCUUUUUUGGUGAUAAUUUUGAUCCAUUUGAAGUAUUCUAGAAUUUUUUUAAAAAUGAUCCAUUUUUUAAUUAAGAUUUCUUUGGAAAUAACUAACAAUAAUAAUAAACUAGUUUGACUAAAGCUAAUUCUUAUAAGAAUGAUUUUGAUGAUGAUUUUUUCAAACCAUUUUAUUAAAAUGGUUAAAAUCAAAGUAACAAUUUUAUUAGAGGAUAAACUCAUAAGACUGUAUAAACUACUACAACUACAAUGUAAUUUAAAGUAUAUAAAUUUAGGAAUGGACAACAAGUAUAAAAAGUUAAAACAACAAUAAUUCAUCCAGAUGGAAGAAAAGAAAUUAAAGAGGAGAUAAAACAAUUAUCUUAGUUAUAAAAACACAACAGUUCCAUUUACUGA